AUGACAAAUACAACUAUGAUGCUGCCAAAAGAACAUUCACACCAGUGGAAUCAGGUCAAGUCUGCUGCAAAGGACUUCAUCACUUCGGGAGAAAAGAUUCUAAAGGAAACAUCUCUGGUCCUUUUGGUGAAUACAGUCAGCGUAUUCAAACUCCCAUCCUUAUUCUCUUCUAUUCUAUUCUAA